AUGUUGCUUCCCAAAGGCGGCGUAACCUGGAAGUCCGCCAAAUCAAAACUUCCCCCGUGGAAGGCUGUUUUAAUGUUUUUGACACGCACCCGAUUUCUUGUUGCUGUUGCCCUCACCGGUCUCAUUGUGUUAUUAUGGCGGGGAAUCACUGUAUCAACACGCGAAAUGUCCAAUUAUUACUGCUUUGGACCAUCCAAGCCUCCGAUCGAGAUGUCCAACAACGAAAUGGUGGCCUGGAAUCAGCAUCUGCAGACCCCAGUGCUCUUCAACCACCAUGAACCCUACCAUGUCAACUCUUCAACCAUCGAACGCAUUGAUCUCAACCCCAUUGUCUCGACUCCUAGGGCUGUGAGCAACCGGGAACGAGUCCUCAUCCUCACGCCGUUACGUGACGCCGCCCCCUACCUAAUCAAAUACUUCGAUCUCCUGACUGAGCUUACUUAUCCCCACGACCUCAUUGACCUCGCCUUCUUGGUUGGCGACUCCUCCGAUGACACCCUAGCAGUUCUCGCGUCCGAGUUGGACAGGAUACAACAAAGGACCGACAAAAUCCCUUUCCACAGCGUCUCGAUCGUGGAGAAAGAUUUCGGUGCAAGCUUGAACAUGGACGUUGAGUCCCGACACGGUUUCGCCGCUCAGGGACCGCGGAGAAAACAGAUGGGCAAAGCCAGGAAUUAUUUGCUCUCUGCCGCCUUGAAACCCGAGCACGCCUGGGUCUAUUGGAGGGAUGUUGAUAUCGUGGACAGCCCAAAGAAGAUCAUUGAGGAUUUUGUCGCACAUGAUCGGGACAUCUUGGUACCCAAUAUUUGGUUUCACCGUUACGACAAAGGACGUGAUAUCGAAGGCCGUUUCGAUUACAAUUCCUGGGUGGAGUCCGACAAAGGUCGACGCCUUGCAAAUAGCCUGGAUAAAGACGUCGUCCUCGCCGAGGGCUACAAGGAGUACGAUACCGGACGCACAUACAUGGCCCGCAUGGGUGACUGGAGAAACAACAAAGAUGAGGAGAUAGAACUAGACGGAAUUGGAGGUGUCAAUAUUCUUGUCAAGGCCGAUGUGCAUAGAUCUGGAAUCAAUUUCCCUUGCUACGCUUUUGAAAAUCAAGCGGAGACAGAGGGUUUCGCGAAGAUGGCCAAACGAGCUGGCUAUCAAGUUGUAGGGCUACCUAAUUAUGUCGUUUGGCACAUCGAUACCCAAGAAAAGCCGGGUAAUGCAGCAUAG